AGGCAGGCACGGAGCCCGCCCUGGCGCUGCGGACUUGAGGACGCCCAAACGCCCAUGGUCUGGGGAGUCACCCGGGAGGGCGGGUGUGGAGGCGGUGCCGCUGCGGGCAGCCGCAGACACCUCGGGCCCGGCGAGCAGUGCACGCAAUACCACGGUGCGUGCAGCCGUCCCCAUGCGCGCCCGGAGGGCGCUUGGCACCCGGGCGCUCCAGUGCAGCCCGCCGGGCCGGCCCUGGCCCCCUGCCCUAGCACUGUCCUCUGCGGGCCCUGAAUCCCUGAUCCACUUCUCCUUCAGCGACGAGGACACCUGUUGGCACCCUCCAGGCAGAUCUGUCAGCUUCGAGACAGAGAAUGGGCCUACACCAUCGCCUGGCCGCAGCCCCCUGGACUCGCAGGCGAGCCCAGGCCUUGUGCUGCACGCUGGGGUGGCCGCCAGUCAGCGCCGCGAAUCUUUCCUCUACCGCUCAGACAGCGACUAUGACAUGUCGCCCAAGACCAUGUCCCGGAACUCGUCAGUCACCAGCGAGGCGUAUGCCGAGGACCUCAUCGUGACGCCAUUUGCCCAGGUGCUGGCCAGUCUCCGGAGUGUUCGCAGCAACUUCUCACUCCUGACCAAUGUGCCCAUUCCCAGCAACAAGCGAUCCCCACUGAGUGGGCCAACGCCGGUCUGCAAAGCCACGCUGUCAGAGGAGACGUGUCAGCAGUUGGCCCGGGAGACGCUGGAGGAGCUCGACUGGUGUCUGGAGCAGCUAGAGACCAUGCAGACCUACCGUUCAGUCAGCGAGAUGGCGUCCCACAAGUUCAAGAGGAUGCUAAACCGUGAACUCACACACCUAUCAGAGAUGAGCAGGUCAGGAAACCAGGUCUCUGAGUACAUCUCCACCACAUUCCUGGACAAGCAGAAUGAAGUGGAGAUCCCAUCGCCCAUGAUGAAGGAUGGAGAAAAACAGCAAGCUCCCUGGCAAAGACCCUCCCAGCAGCCUCCACCCCCUGGGCCACAGUUUCAGCCCAUGUCUCAGAUCAUGGGGGUGAAAAAGCUGAUGCAUAGCAGCAGCCUGACUGAUUCCAGCGUACCCCGCUUUGGGGUGAAGACAGACCAAGAGGAGCUCCUGGCCCAAGAACUGGAGAACCUGAACAAGUGGGGCCUGAAUAUCUUUCACGUGUCAGAUUAUGCCGGGGGCCGUUCCCUCAGCUGCAUCAUGUACACCAUAUUCCAGGAACGGGACCUGCUAAAGAAGUUUCACAUCCCAGUGGACACAAUGGUGACAUAUAUGCUGACUCUGGAGGACCACUACCACCAGGAUGUGGCCUACCACAACAGCCUGCACGCUGCCGAUGUGCUGCAGUCCACCCACGUGCUGCUGGCCACACCUGCGCUGGACGCUGUAUUCACAGACCUGGAGAUUCUCGCAGCCCUCUUUGCUGCUGCCAUCCACGACGUGGACCACCCUGGGGUCUCCAACCAGUUCCUCAUCAACACCAAUUCGGAACUGGCGCUCAUGUACAACGACGAGUCGGUGCUGGAGAACCACCACCUGGCUGUGGGCUUCAAGCUAUUGCAGGAGGACAACUGCGACAUCUUCCAGAACCUCAGCAAACGCCAGCGGCAGAGCCUGCGCAAGAUGGUCAUCGACAUGGUGCUGGCCACAGACAUGUCCAAGCAUAUGACCCUCCUAGCUGACCUGAAGACCAUGGUAGAAACCAAGAAAGUAACCAGCUCAGGGGUCCUUCUGCUGGACAACUACUCUGACCGCAUCCAGGUCCUGAGGAACAUGGUGCACUGUGCGGACCUCAGCAACCCCACCAAGCCGCUCGAGCUGUACCGCCAGUGGACAGACCGCAUCAUGGCUGAGUUCUUCCAGCAGGGCGACCGUGAACGUGAACGUGGCAUGGAGAUCAGCCCCAUGUGUGACAAGCACACGGCCUCCGUGGAGAAGUCUCAGGUGGGCUUCAUUGACUAUAUUGUGCACCCACUGUGGGAGACAUGGGCUGACUUGGUCCACCCAGAUGCCCAGGAGAUCUUGGACACGUUGGAAGAUAACCGGGACUGGUACUACAGUGCCAUUCGGCAGAGCCCGUCGCCACCACCCGAGGAGGAGCCCGAGGGGCCAGACCACCCACUUCCACCUGAUAAGUUCCAGUUUGAGCUGACACUGGAAGAGGAAGAGGAGGAGGCGCCCUCUGCCCUGGGUGCAAUUGAGGUGCAGGAAUUAUUCGUGGCCCAGGAUGCAUCCCCAGCUGAGGAACUGGUGGAGGUCGAUGGCCAGGACGUGUCCACAGAGGUGGAGGUAGAUGAAAUGUCCUUGAUACAGCAAGCAGACAGUGUGGCUGCGGGCCAGGAUGAGUCCACGUCCCCAGAUGCAUCUGUGGAUGCCGUGGGCAGCAGCAGCCCCCCUGCCCUGUCUCCUGAGAGCCCCACUCUGCCUGCCUUGAGGACCCCACCCACCCCAGAGGAGGCCCCGGGCCUCCUGGGCCUCCCCUCUAUGGCAGCCGAGGUGGGGGCCCAGAAAGAGCAUCAGGCUGCCAAGAGGGCAUGCUGUGCCUGCACGGGGACAUCGGGCGAGGACGCCCCCGCACUCCCAGCCCCUGGCGGGUGGGGGUCUGCCGGAGGCCCCACCUGAGCCCCAACCCCUGCACCCUUUUGCCCUCCCUGCCCCCUUUCACCAUCAUCAUCCCCCAACUGCCUCCUUCACUGCCUCAAAGACUCUUGGGCCUCCUAAGAAAAAAGAAAACAGAAAAGUGGGUUUUUUUCUCUUUUCUUUUUUUCCCCUCUCCCCCCACCCCCAGCCCCACCCACGAGGCCGCUUUUUGGAGGUGGGGCCUGGGGAAGGAGGGGCUGAGGUCCUGGAAGGGGUUUUAUUUUUGGAAUUUUCAUUGUUACAUUUUUAGAAAAAAAAAGAAAAAAAGAAAAAAAAAACCAGGAUGAAACACAGCAACUGUAGAUGCUCCUGUUCCCGGCUCCCCUGGUCCAUCUCCUGCCCCUCCCCCACCCCUCCCAGGCCCCAGGCUCAGUCUUCCAGCCUCUUUGGGCUCUCCACCUGGGCCCAAGCUGGCGUAAGGUCUCCUUCCAGGCUCUCCUGAACUUUGGAGGGCUUCUAGAAUCCAGCCAGGAAUAGCCAUUCUGGGCAGUGGCCCGGUAUGGGGGAGUCACUGUGAGCGGCCCCAGCUCUAGCCCCUCUCAGGCUCACUGCCCACCCCCUCCAGAAGUCUUCCGCCUCAUUUUGCACAAACCUGGCAAUACCGACUCGGAAGGGCAUGGGCAUUGUGUACAACUUAGGUUGCUGGGAGGAGAGGGUGUUGCAGGGACGAUCACACCACCAGCCUGGGGUCUGAGAUUGGAGGAGGGCUGAUCUCCCUCUGCUUGCCACCCCUUUCCCCUUCCACUUCGGAUUUCAUUUGAAUUUUCUCCAUUUGAGGGGCAGCUCUGAGCUGCACCCUCUUCUUCCAGCUGCUUCUCCUCUUGUUUCUGCCUUAAUGAUUCCCACGGCCAUAGGAGAGGGUUGCAGUGGCUCCCACCUGCACCUUGGGUGGGGCGGGGCCAGGCCCAAAGCCCCCAUCCUAGGCAUCCCCCAGCAUCUUCCUGCCACCGUCCCCAACCCUUCGCCCUAGGAGGAAGCAAUAAUGGUGUACACCUACAUUUCCUUUCUGGGCGUCUCUUCUCACCCUGGCACCAAAGUCAUUUCUCCUUUGUCCCACCUUGCUAAGCCUCCCCCUCUUCCCCUAACUAUCCCCCCCACCCGCACCCUGAGCAAUAUGACAGACAGAUGCAAGACCAUUUUUCUCCAAGCCAUGGGGGACUGUUUGGAAGGAAAGACCCCCUGUUCCCACUCCCCUAUGCCCUUUGGCCUGGCUCUGCGGUUGGGCAGGGCAGGGCCUGUCUCGUUGCCCCCACCCCUCCAAUUCUGAGCACACAGUACUGUAGCCUCCUCUUCCCCCAGCCUCCCAUCUGCCAUCCCUCCGGGGAGUAGCACUCUCUCCCACCCUCAUGAUACUGUACAGGGUUCAUUUUUGUAGCAAAAGUAGUUCCUGUCCUAGCUGGCAACCAGGGUGGGCCUUUUUUUGUUCUUUCUUUUUUUUUUUCUUUCUUCGGUUUUUUGUUUUGUUUUGUUUUGUUUUUGUACAUACUGUAAGGU